CGACGGCAGCGGCGAGGGGGGGACACGACACAGCUCUCCUUCCCGGGGAAGAGACGAGACAGCAUCUCCCACCAGUCCUCCACAUUAAAGCAACGGCGACGAAGAAGACGAGGAAGAAGACGAAGUACCCGCCCUGCCACCAUUUUCGUGCCAUCCCUAACUUCCCCUCGGAGGAACCACUUGACCGGCGUUGCCAUUAAGCGACGCGUUAAAUCAAACACCAUUUUCUUCUCCUUUCAAGUGUUGCCACUGACUUGCUGUCAAGUUUGGGAAUAAACAUGCGAAAUGGUGUGGGAAGAGACCACCUCUCCAGACGCCUCCUGAGACUUGCCAGCUGCCCCCAGUGAGGAAGGCACAUUUUGACGAGGAGCGAUCGGCUCUGACCAGCUUGCAGGACUUUUUUUUUGCCUUCCUCCUCAUCCCUUAAAGGUGUGGUCAUGCUUUCCGUGGAUGAGCCCCUGGACCUGAAGCUCCCCCGGCGGAAUAAUGGGCGGGACCGAGGCCUGUGCUCGCCCCCUCUAUCACCUUUGUUUCUCAAACAAGCUUGUCAUCUCCGCAUGGCCGAUGACGGCACGGCGGUCAUGGAUCCCGCCUCCCCGGCGUCCCCGUACACAGGUGUGCAGGUGGUCCCCCAUGACCGAACAGACACCCCCACCUCGCCGGCGGUGGAUCUGAGCAUGUCACCCUCCUCCCUACGGCACACCCCAACCUCGCCAGAGAUGACCAAUGGCAACUAUGUUACUUCAGCGAGUUCUCAGCUCUCGCAAACCUUUCAAUUCUUCGUUCCAAUCGGGGCCGGGACAGGACUUCAUCUGCCGUCCUCCAUGUUCAUUGGCCAGAUGAGUGACAAAAGGGCCUCCCCGGACCUCUCUGCGGAUGAACAACUGGCUUGCCACUGGAAGAAGUGCCACCUGCUGUUUGACUCUCUUCAAGAUCUGGUGGACCAUGUCAAUGACUUCCACGUCAAGCCAGAGAAGGAUUCGGGGUACUGCUGCCACUGGGAGGGCUGCGCUCGCAAUGGGAGGGGCUUCAACGCAAGGUACAAGAUGCUCAUCCACAUCCGUACGCACACCAACGAGAAGCCUCACCGUUGUCCAACAUGCAACAAGAGUUUCUCCCGUCUCGAGAACCUCAAGAUACACAACCGUUCACACACAGGCGAGAAGCCCUACAUUUGUCCGUACGAGGGCUGCAACAAGCGCUACUCCAACUCAAGUGACCGCUUCAAACACACGCGCACACACUACGUGGACAAGCCCUACUACUGCAAGAUGGUGGGAUGCCUGAAGCGCUACACAGACCCCAGUUCUCUACGCAAGCACAUCAAGGCGCACGGCCACUUUGUGGCUCAGGAGCAGGGCUCACCGGGCGGGGUGGGGUCCUUGCUGAAGGGGAGUCAAAGCGGAGGUUUUGCUGGCGCAGUGGGGAAGGAUUCAGAGAUGUCCUACAUGAGUGGGGCUCAUAUUAUUUUCCCGGGGGCGGCGGCUGCUCUCCUGGGAGCCCACGCUCUUCAGGGCUUGGGCGGCUCUCUGCCAUUGUCCCCUCUCAGUCCUCGGCCCUUGGACCUCAGCACAUUGGGUUGCCCUAACUCUCCUCCAGGUGGACUGGGAGGCACGUCUGUCCUAUCUUACAACGGCUCCCCACUAGGCCUUGCCAAGUCGCCCAUGCUCUCCCCAGCGUUCGCCUCCUCAACUCUGGGCAUGGUUCCUGUGCUGGGGGCGGCUGCCGAGCGCAGAGCCACCAGGAAGGCCCGAGGGGAGGAGGCUGAGAACGAGGUGACCGGGCGGGUGCUUAACCUUUCCACAGGAGGGUCUCAUGAUCCCUUGUCAUGGGUGGUCAUCCCCCCAGGCACUGUGGUGCUCAAGCCAGCUGUGGUCAACUGACACACACACA